AACCCCGAAUUCAUUUGAACAAAGAGAAGGCCAUCGCGCUUUUUCUGGCUUGUGAUUUUUAUCUGGUUCAUCGGCAAUCGGUGUAGCCGGAUUAAAGAUUGCCGAAUUUUAAAGUCCUAGAACAUUUCUGCAAUCUAUUACAUCAAUUUAAAAUUAAACAUUGUUUUAGAAGCUGACCCUGCUCGUGAAUUCAUUUUGGGACUUGGAAAGAUUUAUCAUCAUUGUGAAAGUUCUCAAAUGCAAACGAGCGGACAGAGGGUGUGGGAGGCUGAAACUUGUUUGGUGUGCGCGCCAUGGGUUACAGCAGCUUGACGGUGCCCAUGAUUGUCCUUACCGUCUUCUGGAGUGUCGUGGGUGACAUUGUGCCCUGGUUCAUUCCUAAAGGACCGAAUAGAGGUGUUAUUAAUAUUAUGCUUGUGACAAUUGCUGUUUGCUGCUACCUUUUUUGGCUGAUUGCAACCCUGUCCCAAUUAAACCCCCUCUUUGGUCCACAAUUGAAAAAUGAAACAAUCUAGUACUUG